AUGGCCUCCGGUCGAAGAAACGUCUACAUCAACCCCCGCGCCGGGCCCCUCGGCCGCGACCUGGACACAUCCGCCGUCCAGGCCUUCCACCGGCAGCUCCCCUCCUUCGCCCGCACACCCCUCAUCUCCCUCGAUGCCCUCGCCCGCGACCUCGGCGUCAAAGCUGUCUUCCUCAAAGACGAGAGCAACAGGCUGGGCCUCCCCGCCUUCAAGAUCCUCGGCGCAUCAUGGGGCACUUACCGCGCCAUAACAGCACAUCUCGCCCUGCCCGCCGACACGCCCCUCGACGAUGUCGCCCAGGCGGCCCAGAAGAAUUCUGUUUCUCUCUACGCCGCGACCGAGGGAAACCACGGCAGGGCCGUCGCCUUCAUGGCCCGCAUCCUCGGCAUCUCAGCGCACAUCUACGUCCCCCGCAGCGUCAACGGCGACGCGGCGACUCUCAUCGCCUCCGAGGGCGCCCACGUCGUCAUCAGCAACUCCCACUACGAUGACGCCGUUCUCGAAGCCUGGCGCACCUCCAAGUCCGUCCCGGGCGGCCUGCUCAUCCAGGACAACGCCUUUGAAGGCUACGAGCAGAUCCCCGCCUGGAUCGUCGAGGGCUAUUCCACCCUCAUCGUCGAAGCCGAGCAGCAGGUCGCCGAGCAGGGCCUCGCCCCGACACUGAUGGUCUCCCCCGUCGGCGUCGGCUCCCUCGCCCACGCCGUCGUCUCCCACUGCAAAUCCGCCGGCCGCGAACACGCCGUGCUGACUGUCGAGCCCGACACCGCGCCGUGCCUGUGGAAGAGCCUGCGUGCCGGCGAGCCCGUCUCGGUGCACACGUCGAGCACCAUCAUGGACGGCCUCAACUGCGGCACCGUCUCCCUAACGGCGUGGGCGGAUUUGCAGGCUGGUGUCGACGCGAGUGCUACAGUGUCGGACUUUGAAGCGCAGCGGGGAGUCGAGUAUCUCGAGACCGAGGGCGUGCAGAGCGGGCCCUGCGGCGGCGCGACUGUUGCUGCGCUCCGGCGUCUUGCGGAGGUGAGCCCGCGGCCGGCGUGUCUGUCGGAGGAUUCUGUUGUUGUUCUGCUCAACACUGAAGGCCGGAGGAAGUACACGACGCCUCGUGAUGUUUCUGUAGAUGACCCUGUCAGGCUGACACAGAUUCUGACGACCAUCGACUCGUCUAACCCUGACCUUUCUAAGGCGUCUGGCGCAGGCGAGGCGGAGAUUGCAAGCUACAUCUCGGCCUGGCUGCAGCACCGUGACAUCGAGGCGCACUGGCUGGAAGGCACAAAACCCGGCCGCCCUUCCGUCGUCGGCGUCCUGCGCGGCAAGGGCGGGGGCAAGUCAAUCAUGCUCAACGGGCACAUUGACACCGUCAGCCUGGGCAGUUACUCGUCAGACCUCGAUCCUCUCAGCGGCGAGUUGAAGGCGGAGGACGGCAACAGGAUUUACGGCCGCGGGUGUUUGGACAUGAAGGCCGGUGUUGCCGCCGCCAUGUCCGCGAUGGCGCAGUUCAACUCAGGGGGGAGCUCUUCUCUCCGCGGAGACGUCAUUUUGGCUGCUGUGGCCGACGAGGAGAACUUUUCCUUUGGCACCGAGGAGGUCCUCGCGGCGGGGUGGAGAGCCGAUGCGGCCAUCAUCCCUGAACCGACGCAGCAGGAGGUCAUCUUUGCGCACAAGGGCUUCCUCUGGGUCGAGAUCGACGUCCUCGGCGUCGCUGCCCAUGGGUCCAUGCCGGAUAAGGGCGUUGACGCAAUCUUGCUUGCUGGAGCGGUGCAGACUGCCCUCUUGGGGUAUGCAAAGGGGCUGCCGACGGAUGACCGUCUGGGGAAGGCGUCGUUGCACGGCGGGCUCAUACAAGGCGGCGAGGAGCCCUCGAGCUAUCCGGACAAGUGCACACUGACUGUUGAGUUUCGCACCGUUCCGUCGCAGUCGAGGGAUUCCAUCCUGCGCGAUGUGGAAGGAAUUCUCGAGGGGAUAGCAUCGAGCACGCCAGAGUUCAAGUACGCCCCGCCACGUGUGACAUUUGAGCGCCCCUGUUUCGCGCUGGCUGCGGACGAUGAAUUUCUCACGGACUUUGUCUCCCACGUGUCGAGAGUCACCGGCAGUGUCCCUGAGCCGAAUGGCAUGCCGUUCUGGUGCGAUGCCGCGCUGUUGCAUCAAGUCGGUAUCCCGUCGGUUGUACAUGGGCCAAAGGGCUUUGGGCUUCAUGGAAAGGAAGAGUGGGUUAGUGUAGAGAGUCUCCGCGAGGUUACUGCCGUGAUGACAAACGUUGUUGAGGACUUUUGCGCAUAG